AAAAAUCUCUGCAAAUUCUAUGACUCUGAGACACAGUUUGAGUAUUGAAUCUUGGAUUCGUUUUUAUCAGUUUUUGGCAGGGUAGACGAUCUUGAGAUCAUGGCUGGAGGAAAUUUUGUGGGCCGAGUUAUUUCUUAUGUCGUUAAUGAAUUAGUUGUCAAUACUCUUGCUAACAGUCCUGCUUUCCAAAGGUUUGCAGUGAGGACUUCCAAGAGGAUGGAAGAAGUUUCAAAUCUGGCUGUGAGGAAAAGGCAGGAAUUGCAAGAACAAUUAAAUGAGUCGUUGAGGAAUUUUGAGUCACAGAAGAAACAAUGA